AUGACCGACCCCACCCACCCUACCCUUCGAAGACGAACGAACGAGCCUCUCGAUGGAGCACAAGCCAGCACGCGCCAAGAAACAGCUGUGGGAGACGCCGAGUCGAGCAGCACGGCUCCAGCUGACGCGACGUCAUCGUCACCUUCGUCCGAGCCAUCGACCCCCUCGUCGCCUUCGUCGCCUUCGUCAUCGCAUCAUCAGCCGCACUACGGCGCACCUCUGCGACCGACCCUAUCCCGCUCAACAACGAACGACUCGCCCACAGCCUCGUUCGAGCUCUCGGACGACGAGCCCAUCUUCUCCGGUCUGCCCCUGCUGGACCUCUUCGUGCUCGUCGACGCCCACCUCGAGCUCUGGACGCGCGGGAUCCGCCGCAAAUCCGCCGACUGGCGCUCCAAAGCGGACAAGCUCGUCGAGGAAUCCAAAGCCCGCGCUCAGAGGAUCAAGCUGCCGCGAGUCGCGAGCGAGACGUUCCUCAAUGGGAUGAGGAGCGAGGAGAGUAAUGGGGUGUUGAGCAGUCGCGAUCGGGAACGACUGGAGAAGAGGGUCAGGGAGGUCAGGGCGAAUGCGAAGGAGCAGAUGAGGAGGUUGAAUCAGAAGUGGGAGCAGGAGUAAGGGCGUUCCGUUCAUCUUCCAGUAUCGCGGGCAGUGGGCCGCUGUGGUCAUCGAAGCCGAGGCGGAUCACUCUGGCGCACACAGCUGAUCGCUGGCGGUUUACUCUUGAUCCUCGCUGAGCAGGAAGACUGUCCGGCUACGUGACAAGGUAAGGAUCAUCUCACGUACACACGCGUCAGCUCACUCGGGACCGGACGGUCAGGGCUUAUCUAUCGACGACCGAGUUUCGAAGCCGCCGAGGUGGUCAGUUUGCUGACCCUCUUCAUGGCCUAUCGCAUCAGAUCUCCUUCUUUUCAGGUGUCAUGAAUGUUCUGAUCUCGGCUCUGCUUCUUGGAUUCGAGCCGACCUGGAUUCCCGCAUGGUAUAGCGCCCAAGUGAUGGCCUAUCUGCCCUUGCGCGUCUACACGUACAAGAAGCGGUCCUAUCACUAGUCAGUUGCCAGCGAAUCCCGCCCAGUCGAGUGAUGUUCGCCCGAGCUGACUUCACUUGUAUGUUCCCAGCUUCCUGUUUGAUCUGUGCGCUCAUGAUCAUCGUUCACUCGCGAUGAAAUAUCUCGGCUGGGUGUGCUCAUGUUUGAAGUUCUCUCUUCCUCUCUCAGGUGCUACGCCAUCAACGGCCUCUGCCUUGUUUAUGUAAGCCAUUGAAUCUCCUCCCAGUAACCUCACUGAACUAAACAAUUAUGUUCUCUACUCCCAGCUAUGGAUCUUGCCCGGAAAUGUAUUCCUCUUCCAAGCUUGCUACGGCUUAGCACUUGGCUCGCUUGGAACAGCGAUCGCUACCUGGCGCAACUCGCUUGUGUUCCAUUCGCUCGACAAGGUCAUCUCCCUCGCCAUCCACAUCUUCCCUCCCUUCGUCUUCACGACGAUCCGUCACUUUUACCCCAACGCUGAGGCUCGUUACCCAGCACUUGUCCACCUACCCGACCUGCAGUCGUGGUCUGCGCGAUGGAAGAGCAUGGCCGUGUGCAUGUUCACGUAUCUCAUCUGGCAGGCGCUCUACUUCCAGUACAUCAUCGUCGCUCGCAAGGAAAAGAUCAAGCAAGGACGCGCGACCUCAUUCACGUUCCUCAUCAACGACCGCAAGCGGUUGAUCGGCAAGAUCGCGGCCAAGGUGCGACCCGAACGACGCGAAGCCGCCUUCAUCUUUGGUCAAGCCGUCUACACGCUCGUGACGCUCUUGAUCCCCAUAUUUGGGCUCUACGACUCCAAGUUCUGGUCAUCCGUCUACCUACUCACGCUCUUUGCGGUGUCGGUAUGGAACGGCGCGUCGUUCUACAUGGAGGUCUUUGCGCGCAAGUUCGAAAAGGAGUUGAUUGCGUUGCGGCGCGAGUUCGAGGCGCAGCAAGAGAUCUUGUCCAAAACUUCGAGUGGGAUCUUGGGGGCGGGAAGUGUGGACAUGUCGAGGAGUGCGAGUCAGGCUGACUUGCCUACGACGGUUGCCGAGGUUGACGACGAGGUCGACGAGCGUGAAAAGGUAGACGGAGCAGAGAUGGAUGGGGAGGCUUCGGGAGUGGUGGUCGAGGUCGAAGGUGUAGCAGGCCAAGACUUGGUCAUGGUCGAUAAAGAGGCCACCGCUGCGCAUGAAGCUGCCGAUAGGGGGUGAGUGAUUAUCCAUGCGCCCCUACUCAUCCUGUUGUAUAUUGGUUCGGGAGCACUUGACUGUUUCGAGGCUUGCUUUGCUACCUGCUGUGAAAGGAUUGGUCAUUUGUCCCCAUUCUUCGGUCCUUCGGUGCUGAUUGGUGGCAGAGAAGAAUUAGAGCGACGUCUGUGCCGGACUGGUGCGACCAAGGCCUGCUGCCGGAGAAGGUCCGUGCGAGCAGCCAGCCCGAUCUGAACCGGCCUCAGGUGCAAGUGUCGAGCACUUUGACGGGCUUCAACUCUUCCCCCACCCCGGCACCACCUCAUCUCCUCGUCAUGGCCGUAAGCAUCUUCAUCGCCGAGCAUGUACCACCCAUAACCACCACCAGGAGCUCAUCCUCUGCUGUGAUUCCUGCAUGCAGGCUCGUGUCGUUCUUUCGCAAACGCUCGCUCGCGUCGCACCGGCCUCGACACGGUACAUUGGCCCGAUCUGAAGGGGUUUCGCUCACGUUGAUCGGUACUGACCGCUGCAUCUCAUCGCAACCUUCCCCCAGGACACUCGCCCCUCGCUGGUCCGCAGCGCGAUCGUUCUGCAGCUCUUCCUCCUCGCGAGCCGAAGCGACCUCGACCGCCGCUUCCUCGACACCACCGCCGCCGCCUUCCAACUUGUCCCCCAAGAUCUCGCAGAUCGUAGACCAGAUUUCGACUUUGACCCUGUUGGAGGCCGCCGAUCUUGUUGAUGCUCUCAAGGUGCGAUUUCGCAAUUUUCGAGCCAGGCCAGGCUUCUGUUUGCCCUGCUUCUGCACGCUGCUCGAGUGAUCCCUUGAGCUGACCGUCUCUUCUCCAACGCUGAACCAGACACGACUCAACAUCACCGACGUCGCGAUGCCGACCAUGUCCGCACCCUCAGCGAGCGCCGCCGCUGCGCCCGUCGUCGAGGAAGCCGCUGCGGCCGCACCAAAGGAGAAGACCGUGUUCAACGUCACGUUGAAGGCGAUCGACGCCGCGCAAAAGGCCAAGGCGAUCCGUGAGGUCAAGGCCUUGAUGCCCAACAUGAACUUGGUCGAGGUCAGUCGACGCGUUCGAUGCAAGAACUUUCCGAUCUUGCGCCAAACGACCGUGGUUCCGUAUUCCAUCGGAAGGGACGGGCGAUACUGACCUCAGACACCUUCGUUUCUCCCCUGUCUUCCUCGAUCCACAGGCCAAAAAGUUCGUCGAGUCGUUGCCCAAGGUGCUGAAGGAAAACGCGACCAAGGAAGAAGGUGAAAAACUGCAGGCCUUGUUCAAGGCGAUCGGCGCCGAGGCGACGCUCGAGUAG